GGCCUUGGAAGUCUCUGCCAGCUUGAGGAGCCUCCUACCCCUCGGAGAGCAUGUUGAACUCUGGGCGAACUGGGCGAGGCGGUGCAGGGCUGGCUCCCUGUCCUGCUGAGCCAACACUUUUUGGGGACACGGAGGGUCGGGGGAGGAAGUAACUUGGGAGACGAGUCAGAAGCUUUGAGCUGACACUGCAGGCGGGCCCAGCUGGCCCUCGGCUCCAGGAGGGGCCAAGAGCUGACUGAGCACCCCUCCCAAGCCGCGACUCAGGAGCUUGCCCGUCCCGUCCAGCGUCGUCUGUUUUCUGUCAUCCGGCGUCCUUUUGGGCAGCCCCGCUUGCCCCAUUUCCCCGGGAGCCACAGUCGGACCACCGUACCGACUUUCCGUGGUUUCCUGGCGUGGCCCGCGCAGGCUCUGUCUCCCUGAGCACUGGGGUCCCUCCCGGGGAAGCUGAGAGUCUCCCCCUAGUCACGGAAGGGCCUCAGGCCUGCCGUCCAGCGACUCUCCCCAAGUGGGGCAGACCUCGGUGUCCGCAGAACCGUGACAGGCCGUGGCCCUGGGGACCAGACGAGGCCAAAGGCCGCUGGCAGUUUGGGAUGGGGCCAGAAGGGAGCCUUGGCAUCGUCUCGGCCAAGAAGUGGCUUUCUAGAGGAGGAAGGGUAGUUGGCCACUCCGGCUGGACUGUGGCCCAGGCCACGUCGGUGCAUGAACCUGGCCCUCAUCCCCACCAUGGAAGGAGGCUCAGCCCUGUGCUGCCAAGACGCCUGUGCAGAUCUGGCAGAGAGAGUGGCCGCCAUUGAUGUGGCCGAGCUGAGGGGAGCCCGAGAGGGGGACGACUGCGUGGUCUUCUCUGGGGAUAGCCGUAGCCAAGACUUUCCACCAGACAGCGGCCCCCCAGGAGCGAGAGAGAGAAUCUCCUCAGCCCCCUCCCUGUCCACGAGAGAUGCCCAACCUCAGAAAGAUGCCAAGAACGUCCCCGGCCGGCCUUCUCUGUCCAACAGGAAGCUCUCUCUCCAGGAGAGGCCAAGAGGGAGCUGCCCCUCUGGGAGCGGCCCGUAUGCCACAGGCCCCACCAACCACAUCUCUCCCCGUGCGGUGCGCCGGCCCACCAUCGAAUCCAACCGCGUAUCCAUCUCCGACGUGGAGGACUGUGUCCAGCUCAACCAGUACAAGCUGCAGAGCGAGAUCGGAAAGGGCUCUUACGGCGUGGUGCGGCUGGCGUACAAUGAGUCUGACGACAAGUACUACGCGAUGAAGGUCCUGUCCAAGAAGAAGCUCCUCAAGCAGUUCGGAUUCCCACGGCGCCCUCCCCCCCGAGGCUCCAAAGCCGCCGCGGGCGGUCAGACCGUGCCUCUGGCCCCCCUGGACCGGGUCUACCAGGAAAUCGCCAUCCUGAAGAAGCUGGACCACGUGAACAUCGUGAAGCUCAUCGAGGUCCUGGAUGACCCAGCGGAGGACAACCUCUACAUGGUUUUCGACCUGCUGCAGAAGGGCCCGGUCAUGGAGGUGCCCUGCGAGGAGCCCUUCAGCGAGGAGCAGGCUCGGCUCUACCUGCGGGACAUUGUGCUGGGUCUGGAGUACUUGCAUUAUCAGAAGAUCGUCCAUCGGGACAUCAAGCCGUCCAACCUGCUCUUGGGCGACGACGGCCACGUGAAGAUCGCCGACUUCGGGGUCAGCAACCAGUUUGAAGGGAACGACGCCCAGCUGUCUGGCACGGCGGGGACGCCGGCCUUCAUGGCCCCCGAGGCCAUCUCCGAUUCGGGCCAGAGCUUCCGAGGAAAGGCCCUGGACGUGUGGGCUACCGGCGUCACGCUGUAUUGCUUUGUCUUUGGGAAAUGCCCUUUCAUCGACGACUCCAUCCUGGCCCUCCAUCAGAAGAUCAGGAAAGACGACGUCCACUUCCCGGAGCUGCCCACCAUCACUGAGGCUCUCCGGGAUCUGCUCCUCCGGAUGCUGGACAAGGACCCGCAGACGAGGAUCGUCAUCCCCGACAUCAAGCUGCACCCCUGGGUGACGGCGGACGGCGAGCAGCCCCUUCCCUCGGAGGAGGAGCAUUGCAGCGUGGUGGAGGUGACGGAGGAGGAAGUGAAGAACUCGGUCAAGCUCAUCCCGCGGCUGCCCACUGUGAUCUUGGUGAAGGCCAUGCUCAGGAAACGCUCCUUCGGGAACCCCUUUGAGAGCCACAGCAAGGGCGAGGACCGGCCUCUGUCCAGACCCAUAUUCAAGAAAGAAGAGAGGAACAAAGAGGUCUCGGAUGCCUGAGUCCCGGCCCCGCCCCCAGUGGGGGGCCCUCCACUGCUGCUGCCACCACUCAUCCUGUUGCACGUGCCUCCAAGGGGACCAUGCGCCCACCCCCGUGGACUGCCCCAAGAGCCAAAGGUUGAAACACCCUCCUCCAAGGGAGGAGGAGGAGGAGCAGCCCCUGCCGCGCCGCCGCUGGCCCUGGAGCUUUGAGACCUUGUUUACAGCAAAGCACCGGCUGGAAUCCUGCUGGAGGGCUGUGAACCCUCCGCCUGUGCUUCAUCUCCAUCUGUGCUUGAGCCCCCACCGGGUCUGGCCACCAGCUCCCAAUACCUCCUGACUACUGAAUGUGUCGAACUCCUAAUCCGCUCCCCCACCUUCCCCUGGCUGGCGGGGGGAGAGGAACGUUCUUCGGCGACUGCUUCUUGGGGUCUUUGUGUAAGAUCGCGACUCCCAGGGACCCACUUCCACCCAGGGUGGUCAGCAGAGGCUUUCCCAGAGCUUUAGGCCUGCGGGGCUGUGGCUUAUCCAAGGGAGCCGCUGAGAGCAAAGCCUCAGCUGUGGAAGGCAUCCUAGUCCCUCUUCUCCUUCCACCCCAAAUAAAUGGGGAGUGAUGAUUUGCCCACCUAGCCUUUGCUAUUCUCAAUACCUCUUUCCCUCCCCCAUCUUGGGAAGCCAAGACAUACCUUUUGUCAUCCCCUACCUGCACCCUCCUGUCAUAGUCCAGAGAAUGGACUGCAGGAAAGAGCACUUUGUGGAAGGCUGUACCUUAGGGCCAUCUCAAAGGCAAAUGCAACCCCCACCCCCAGGCACCUUGUAUCCUGCAGUAAAACCCUCUCUGCCUGGGGCAGUAUAGGACUGUGUUGGUGAACCUCUGGCACAAGUGCCAGAGCGUGCCAGAGGGGCUACUCCCUCCCUUCCCUGUUUGGAGUGAGGUGUGAGGGUCUUGAAAAGGUUUGCCAUCACUGGCACUUGAUGGAAGGUCUGGAGAUUUGGGGAGACCAGCUGCAGGCAGGGCUGUGACCCGCACUGAGUUGGGUCCUCCGGAAUAACUGGAAUUCGAAUCAUCUCUCCCAGUCUUUAAAAACUAGAAUUAAUAGUCUAUUUCUUCCCAGCCUUUCUGAUCACCACCAUUUGGUCCUAGAAGUUCCAAAUGGCUCCAGGGAGAGCUAACCAUUGAGCUGCCCUUGGAGACCCUCAUUCUGAAAGAAAGCACCUCCCCCCAGCCUGAGCCCACUAUUCAGACAGCAACCGAGUCAGCUGGAUGUGGGCGUUUGGGAAGUGACUUCUUGUCUCCACUCUGGCCCAGAGGUGGCCGGGCAAUUGAUUUGUAUCCGAAAUGGGAGCCAUUUGGGCCCUCUGGGGUGGCAAACAAGGAGACGCCGUCUGGGCGCCUGCACCCCACCCCGCCCCCAGCCAUGGCACCCGGCCCCCUUUAUGCAAACAAGAAGUGAAAGGUGAACGUUUCUUUGGCUUUUGGUUAGCUGAGCCCCCCCUUCGAGGGGCCCCCCAACACCCAGAGAGGGCCGCGACUGCCGGUCCUGAAGCAGGCUCUGCAGACGUGUGGCGGGGCCAGGCCCCUCCUAAGCAACGAAUGCCGACACCAGGGAGCCGGGCGAGCAGUAAGGGGGACCCAAGCGGGUGCACAUGCUUCCCCGGCGCGGCGCUCGCUCUCUGCACUAUUCCGGGGCAGCCUCGGGCCUGGCAGGUCGCUGGCACGGAGGGCCGGCUCCGUCUGACCGAGGCUUCCCAGGUGGGAGAGGCGGGAGGGAAGCCAGAGCGCACAGGGAGAGGGCCCAGGAGCCGCUUCCUAGCCUCGGAGGGUCUGGGGGCGCCCCUGGCAGGGCCCAGUGAAUCCUCGCAUGCGGGCCCUGAGCACUGGGGAGCAUGAAGAGCCUUCCCGGGGCGCUUUCUUUUCGCGCUGCCCCCCCUGGCUCCGGGGCUGCCUGGAGGAGCCAUCCGAGGUCCCAGGAGGCCACGUGGGGGGAUGGGAUGGGGGUGGCCAGACAGCGCGUCCACCUGUACAUACUUAUUAAAGUGUCUCCGUGAAAGCC